AUGUUCGCUCUCCGUCGAAACAUUCCCUCUACCCUCUCGCGCAACUUCUCCACCAGCGCUCGCAACAACUCUUUCGCCAAACUUACCCUCGUUGGCCGUCUUGCCGAUAAGCCUGAAGUAACUGCCACAAGCCAAGGACGGGAGAUUAUGAAAUAUGCCAUUGGUACGAGCAGUGGCAGGGGAGAGAACCAGAAGACAAGUUGGUUUCGAGUAGUGAGCUUUAUGCAAGAGGGACCACAAAGAGAUUUUAUCUCAAGUUUGGAAAAAGGAACCUUAGUGUAUGUAGAGGCAGAGGCAACAAUGAACACCUAUCAAGAUGCUGAAGGAAAGAAUAAAAGUGCUAUGAACGCCAUUCAACAGAGACUCGAGGUCCUUCAAUUCAAGAGACCCCAAGAAACAAGCGAAUAA